AACAGCACUCUCAAAGUGAAGAAGACAAGACAGCAUUGUUUUAACAGGAAGGCUACUUUCAUCUACUGAAGGAUGAGGUCGGAGUCAUCUUGAGGAUCAGCUGAAUUUUUCCAGAUCUGUGAGGAACUGAGUAAUCAAAGAUUCUGGACAAUGAAUGUGUGCGACUUUCCCUGCGUCAGCUCAGGUAGACUUGCGGAACUUAAGGCCAUGAUAUUUUAGAGAAGUGGACCAAACAUACAGAAGGCAUCUCUGCCCUUAUUGUCUUCUGGUCCUCUCUGGAUAAGAUUGAUGCAGUUUUCUAAUGUAAACAUGCUGUGUGAUGAAAAUCCAUCAGAGAAGGCAAAAUCUGGAGGACAGCAGUCGGGGAUCUCCUGUUUGGACCCAUCUUUUAUUUACAUUAGGAAAACCUUCAGGGAUCCAAACAUUUAGAUACAAAAGAUGAUCCCAAGAUAGAAGUUCUGGGUACCAUCCUAAGCUACUCAAAAGCCACUUGCGGUGAUAACAGCAGGUGAUUUGGGAAAUAUUUGCUUGGGUGUGGAAGAUUAUCAACACUUAAUGAAGAACGCAGUGAAGUACAAUGUCUUAUUGACCACACCUGAAACGUAUGGUCAAUUUCCUCUUUGUGGCAGACACUGAACCCAUUUUUUGGCUUGUUUUCAAAAGCAGAUGUUAAAUGUGGAAGCCUAUAUACUCUUGCACCAGAAAUACUACCAGAAGCAUUUUUAUUCACAUGAACUUUCAAUGGGUCAUUUGCGUAAAGGAAUUUUGACAAUGGUUGUCACGUAGAAAAUAUCAGCUAUGGGGACACAUUAUGUUUUGUUUUAGUGUUUAUCUGAUGAGUUUAAGAAAAAGAAACAUGUAUAAAGAUGACUUGUAUAGCGAUUUAAGGAAUGGUUUGAAGUCAAGUGUCUAUAUGACAAGCAAGAAGAAUGUAAAUGUACAGUCAGACUUGGAGAAGGGUCAAGUAUGCAAGUCUAUAAUCGAUAAAACAACAAGGCAAGAUCUCCUGAUUGGACUUUCAUGAGAAAUUUAGCCUUAGGCACUCCAGCCUGGUGAAAAGAUCUUUCUGUAAAGUGACCAAAAUAAGUGUGAAAAUAAUAAACAAGAUGGAAUGACCACAUGAAACACUGAUCUGCAUGCCAAGAUGUCCUUUGGCUGCCAAGACUGAAGAUUAAUUUAUAACUAAAGAAGAGAGAAACAGUGAAUAGAAAGAGGCCGAGUAUACAUGAUCAAUAUCCUGUUUGCCACUACUAUGAGAAGUGCUUACUCCUUUAGAUACUGCACAUGUCAAUAGUUUAGCCAAAGUGAUAUGCCUGUAGUAUAUGCUGUCUUGCUGCUAGUGAAAGCAUUGAACUAAAAAUGGCUGUAUAUUGUCACUGGAUUGUUUUGAAGGCUUGUUUUAAAUGACAAAUGGUUCAUCAGGGUUUCCUUACAAAUGCUUUGGGAAACUCAAAUCAGCAGGAAAGAUGGGAACUAGACAGAACACUGCUAUAGCAGCUGGCCAUUGCUAGCAAUAUCUGUGACUUCUAAUAUGAAAUUCUACUACCAGGCAAUAUGACUUUAAAUAUGACCAGUAUGGAUGGAGAAAUGCUAAUUGCAGAAAAGGAUUCAUCUUUUCGCAUCCUUACAGGCUGUUUCCUUUCAGUUCUAAUACUCUCAACUCUUUUUGGAAACACUUUGGUCUGCGCAGCUGUCGUCAGAUUUCGCCAUCUGAGGUCAAAAGUCACAAACUUUUUUGUGAUCUCCCUAGCUGUGUCCGACCUUUUGGUAGCAAUGCUGGUCAUGCCUUGGAAAGCUAUUGCAGAGAUUGCUGGCUUCUGGCCAUUUGGUUCAUUCUGUAAUAUAUGGGUUGCUUUUGAUAUAAUGUGUUCAACGGCGUCCAUCUUGAACCUUUGUGUCAUCAGCGUUGAUAGGUACUGGGCCAUUUCCAGCCCUUUUAGAUAUGAAAGGAAAAUGACCCCGAAAGUAGCCUUUAUAAUGAUAAGUGUUGCAUGGACCUUAUCAGUCCUGAUAUCUUUCAUUCCUGUGCAACUUAACUGGCAUAAAGCAAAAACAACCAGUUUUUUUGACCUAAACAUGACCUUGCAAGGCACCACGAUGGAUAACUGUGACUCCAGCCUAAACAGGACAUACGCAAUUUCUUCAUCACUGAUUAGCUUCUAUAUACCAGUGGCCAUUAUGAUUGUAACCUAUACACGGAUAUACAGGAUAGCAGCAAAACAAAUACGGCGCAUCUCAGCUCUAGAAAGGGCUGCUGUGCAUGCCAAAAACUGCCAAAACAGCACAGGCGAUAGAGGUAGCAUUGAUUGCCAGCAACCUGAAAGCUCUUUGAAGACCUCAUUUAAAAGAGAAACUAAAGUAUUGAAGACAUUGUCAGUGAUUAUGGGAGUUUUUGUAUGCUGUUGGUUGCCCUUUUUCAUCUUGAACUGUAUGGUGCCAUUUUGCGAUCCGAGUGUUUCGGCAAGUGGUGCGGAACCAUUCUGCAUCAGUUCAACCACAUUUGACAUUUUUGUGUGGUUUGGGUGGGCAAAUUCUUCAUUGAAUCCCAUCAUAUAUGCUUUCAAUGCAGAUUUCCGCAAGGCUUUCUCAACCCUACUAGGCUGCUACAGACUCUGCCCUACAUCGAACAAUGCAAUUGAAACAGUCAGCAUAAAUAAUAAUGGGGCAGUCAUCUAUUCAUGUCAGCAGGAGCCCAAAGGUUCAAUUCCAAAUGAGUGUAAUUUAGUUUACCUAAUUCCACAUGCUAUUAUUUGCCCUGAAGAGGAGGUCUUGAAAAAAGAAGAGGAAAGUGGUUUCUCUAAAAGUUUGGACAAAAUAUCUCCUGCAUUCUCCGGGAUUCUAGAUUAUGAUGCAGAAGUUUCGCUAGAAAAGAUAAAUCCUAUCACGCAAAAUGGGCAGCCAAAAACCUGAAGAAGCAGAACUGAUGGUGCAAGCUAUAAGGCCAUUAUAACAUGGAGCAAGGCUUCUACUUGGACAUCAUUUCAGAUCCUUAUUGGAUAAGGCAUCUGACUUUCAAAUGGAUUUCUAACAAUGAAUUCCAAUGUAUUUUGUAUAAGUGUUUAUUUUUGUGAUGUUAACAGGGAAAUAAGCUUAUAAAUACAAGACCAUUUCAUAGAUGGUGCAUACAGUGCAUACUGUAUUACGAGAAUGUGUUUUUGUUUAUUGUGCAGAUGUUUGACAAAAACAGACGUCUUUCACUAAAAAUGUACAGGAGUCAGUAGAGUGUACAAAAGUUAUGGCAUGUAAAGCAGGCAAAGUUGAACAGCUUGGAAGACAUGCUAAACACUAGCAGAGUGGUCAGUAGGCCAAGGUAGAGUCCCUAGAGUGGUGGAUAUAAAUAUAUAAUUGCAAAGUUCAUUUGCAAUUGAUUGAAUAUUGAAAAACAGCAAUGUAUUUGACUUGUAGCAAAUUACUUAAGCCUUUAUUUCCACAUUUUUCAGACUCAAAUAAAUAUAUGCCAAUGAUAAACUGAUUUCAGGGAAAAAACUAACCAAAUUCUGUCAAGACACAACUUGUAUGUGCCAUAAUUUGUAACUUUGUUGAGUGUUUGGAUCCUUAAGGAUCUGUUGCUGAUUUCUUCUUCAUAGUUUAGGAGAGAAAAGAUAAACUGCUAUUCAUUAACAUCAUUUAUUUCAAUACACAUUUAGUUUGUGUAUUGAAAGUUUAUAGAAUUUAAUUCAUCACAAAAUUAUCAUUUAUCAAUUAGCAUUUUUAAUCUAAGAGAUAAUGUACAACUGGCAACACUUUUGCCGUCAAUAAUUUGGUUAAUGUAUUGUGUCUCUAUCUGUAUAAUUUUAGGUUCUUUAAAGUGCAUCUAAAACCUUAACACACUGGUGGUAGUAUUUCUAUGGAUGCAGCCUAUGGGUUCAUUAGGAAACAGUGCCUUGUAAAGUUUAAUGAUGCCUUAUAAGUGUUAGGCAUUAAGGGGGUUAUUCAGGUUUGUUAGCAUACCAAAAAAGUUAGCAA